AUGGACACAGACGAGGACGCGGCGGCGGCCGCCCGCUCGAGUCGGCUCGAGCGUGGCUGCCGCGGCUUUGUGCAGCGGCUCCUGGGCUGGCCGCCAAAGCCAGCAGAGGGAGCAGUGGGAGGGGGAGCUCUCGGCGGCGUGGGUGUCAUGGCACCCGCUUCUUCCAAGCUGCCCGAGUCCACGCUCGAGGUCAAGCUGGACGCGAGCCUCCGCAGCGAGCGGCACACGCGCGUCUUUGGCAGACGCAACUCCCACGAGGUCUUCGGGCACGUGCUUCGGCGCUCGUCCUCGUCGUGGCAGCGCGGCGGCCCGCUCUCGCCGCCCGGGCAGCUGGUGCGGAUGGGCUCCUCCUUCGUGGACGUGAGCCAUCCGUCCGGCGAGGGCGGCGCCAGCCUCUUCUCGAGCAUCCUCAACAUGGCCAACACAAUCAUGGGCACCGGCCUCCUCGCGCUGCCGCGCUCCAUCUCGCUCGCCGGCCUCGUGCCGGGGCUGCUGCUCAUCGUGCUGAGCGCGCUGAUCAACGUGGGGACCAACGUCUUCCUCUCGGACGCCGCGGCCGUCGGCGGCCACCCCGCCUCCUUCAACAAGCUCGCCGUCGCCGCGGGCGGGCCUGCGCUGGCGCUUGUGACGGACGCCGCCGUGGUGGCAAACGCGCUCGGCGCAGGCAUCACCUACGCGAUCGUCGCCGCGGAUGGCUUGACGCUGGGCAUGCCGCUGCUGCUGGGCGCCGCGUCCCCCGGCCACCAGGCGUGGGUCCUCGUGGUCGCCGCCAUCAUCACGCCCCUCUCCCUGCUCCGCUCGCUGGACGCGCUGCGCCUCACCUCCCUCCUCGCCGUGCUGAUCCUCGGCGGCAUCUCCGGCCUCGUGCUCCUCUACGCCCUCCCGGCGAGCGGCCCUGCCGCCGACCUCGACCCGUGCCCUGCCGACUGGACCGCCUCGCCCGUCUCGUGUCCGCCGGGCGAGGUGCGGCUCUUCACCUCUCCGGCGGGCGUUCUCGCGGCGCUGCCCACCCUGGUCAUGGCAUACGGAUGCCAGAUGUCCACGCCAACUCUGUGGAACGAGAUGGAGCGGCCGACGCGGCCGCGCAUGCUCGCGCUGUACGCCAGCGCCCUCGGCACCGCGAUGCUCCUCUACCUGCUCGUGGGCGGACUCGGCUACGCCACCUUUGGCGACGCGGUCGCCGGGAACCUCCUCAAGUCGUACCCGGCCACCCUCGCCGUCGGGGCGGCACGGCUGGGCCUCGCCCUCGUG